UUCUGGUUAAGAUGGCGGCCCCUGUGGCGGCGCAGGCCUGGAAACUACUGAGAGACCUGGCGCUCCGGUCCCCGCUUCUGGCGGCCAGGUCCCAGGUGAUUCAGUUAACCCCCAGAAGAUGGUUGAACCUGCAGGAAUACCAGAGCAAGAAACUAAUGUCUGACAACGGAGUGAAAGUUCAAAGAUUCUUUGUAGCAGACACUGACAGUGAAGCUCUGGAGGCUGCUAAGAGACUAAAUGCAAAAGAAAUUGUUUUAAAAGCCCAGAUCUUAGCUGGAGGAAGAGGAAAAGGUGUCUUCAGUAGCGGUUUGAAAGGAGGCGUUCAUUUAACAAAAGAUCCUAAAGUUGUGGGACAGCUGGCUAAACAGAUGAUUGGGUAUAAUCUAGCAACAAAACAAACUCCAAAAGAAGGUGUGAAAGUUAACAAGGUGAUGGUUGCUGAAGCCUUGGACAUUUCUAGGGAAACCUACUUGGCCAUUCUGAUGGACCGGUCCUGCAAUGGCCCUGUGCUGGUGGGCAGCCCUCAGGGGGGCGUUGACAUUGAAGAGGUGGCAGCUUCGAAUCCAGAACUUAUUUUUAAGGAGCAAAUUGACAUUAUUGAAGGGAUAAAGGACAGCCAAGCUCAGCGGAUGGCCGAAAAUCUAGGCUUCUUUGGGCCUUUGAAAAACCAGGCUGCAGAUCAAAUUAAGAAGCUAUAUAAUCUCUUCCUGAAAAUCGAUGCUACUCAGGUGGAAGUGAAUCCCUUUGGUGAAACUCCAGAAGGACAAGUUGUCUGUUUUGAUGCCAAGAUAAACUUUGAUGACAAUGCAGAAUUCCGACAAAAGGACAUAUUUGCUAUGGACGACAAAUCAGAGAAUGAACCCAUUGAAAAUGAAGCUGCCAAAUAUGAUCUAAAGUACAUAGGACUGGACGGGAACAUUGCCUGCUUUGUGAAUGGUGCUGGACUCGCCAUGGCUACCUGUGACAUCAUUUUCCUGAAUGGUGGGAAGCCAGCCAACUUCUUGGAUCUUGGUGGUGGUGUAAAGGAAUCUCAAGUAUAUCAAGCAUUCAAAUUACUCACAGCUGAUCCUAAGGUUGAAGCCAUCCUAGUCAAUAUUUUUGGCGGAAUUGUCAACUGUGCCAUCAUUGCCAAUGGGAUCACCAAAGCCUGCCGGGAGCUGGAACUCAAGGUGCCACUGGUGGUCCGGCUUGAAGUGUAUUGGCCAAAACUCAGUCACAUGAGCCUCCCGUCUGCGAGGGGACCCGGGAAACGCAGUUCCUGUUCGGGCAGCCACUUCCCAGCAGUAGCUCUCCCCGCCGUAGCAGAGGAGCAUGGAUCUUUGGAAGACAGCCAGCCAUGACUGCCACAGAGACUUUGUCUUUUACAAAAUGCUUUCACGUGUGUUAUUUCAUUUGCUUCUCCUGGCAACCUGUGCUACCAGCAUUAUUACCUCAUUUUGAAGACAGGGAAACAGACCAGCAUGUCGUUAGAACAUAAUUAAAGAGAGCAGGAUUCAAGUACCAUCUCUGCCUCUUACAACCUGUGUGACUAUGGAGAAGUUCCCCUGUGAACCUCUCUGUGCCUCAGUUAUCUCAUCUGUGAAACAGGGACAAUGGGAUUUAUUCAUAGUCAUUGUAAAGUUUUCAUAUGCCCCAUGUAAGUCACUUAGCAUUAUAUCUGGUGUGCAAGAUUAGCAUUGCACUGGUAUGCAAGUGCUUAAUCAGUAUUAAUUAUGAAGAAGAUGGUCACAAUGUUAUGUCUGGAGAUAAAGAAGUUGAGGUGCAAAGGAGUUAAAUGGUUUGCCCCAAAUUAUGCAACUAAUAGAGUGGCCAGCCAGGAUGGGUGGCUGGGGAUUUUAGGUAACAACUUCCCUACCUUUCAAGUUCUUGCUUGCCCUAGAGGCCAUUGGUCAGAUUCCUGUGUAAAGUUGCAGUGAGUCAGCCUUGACCCGAAGACACAGUGCCCAGUGUCCCCUUCACCAUGGCUCUGGUGGACCCAGGGUCCCGGGAAAGUCAACACUGCACCACAUUCUCACCUCAUCUGCUCCUCCUUAACUUGGCCUUUGCCUUUUUGUAUGAAACAUGCUGACCGAGCAUCUCCUUUUAAUUUAUACUCUGAGGUCCUCCAAGGCCUAUAUUUCAAGGUCUUUGUUUAUAAAUGGGCUCUGUCUUGCUAACUAGAUGAAAGCACGGGAGAUGAUGUAAGGUGAGAUGUUUCGUUAAGACACUUAAAUUUUAUCACAUUUCUCCCAGGGGCUUGUUCACACUGAAAGAAGAGAAAAGCAUUUCGCAUGUUAAAUAUUCAUCAAACACAUUUGGGUAGCUUGGCCCGCAAAUGCUACAGAUCCACAAGGAAUGGCCAAGAGACAUCAUCAGAGGCUACAAUGUUCAUUUUCAUGGCAUCUGAACUUUUUGUUAUAUAGAGUGGGGAAGAAGCAUAAAUGGACCCAUUGAAUACUGUCAUUGUCUCCAAGCAGUGGAUUCAUGGCCUUAGGUGGGCAGAUUCUCUGAACUUCAGAUCUCAGAUUAGGUCACAACUCAGACCCUUCAUUUCAAGAGAUCAUUAAGACAAAAGACUUCUGGAAUGGGCCAAAACCACAUUAAGUCCACUUGAGUGUGGAUUAUCAGCAGAAAUUUCAGCUUCUAUCAGUAAAAAAUGUCCAUGAGCCUCUUGCAAGUCCUAUCUUUCAUCUUUUCUUCUAACUGGACCAUCACUUGAUACAGAUCUUGUCACAUCAUCUUUCCCACCAAUGACAUUGAUUAGAACCUGAAUUUAAUUUACUUCCUGGUGAAAAGCCACAGAUAGAUUAGUCCUGAGCAUCCUCAUGUAUUACUGCCAGUACUCCAUACCAUCCCAACGCCUUGAUUUACCAUUCUCUUGCUCAUUUUUUGUACAUAACUUUUUCUUUAGAUUUCGUAUUCAGACUAUUCAAUCAAGGGAUAAAUCCAUUUCAGAAUAUUUUCCUCUUUCAAACUAGUUGAACAAGAUGUUGUUAAUCUUUCUUUGUUCACAGUCUUCUAAGAACCUCAUAUUUCCAUUUUUUUUAAAUGCCAGAGAAAAUAUAGGCAGUAUCUUUUUUAAUGCCAGGAAUUUGAGGUGAAAAGAGGAAAAAAAUAAGUUUGUCAUCUGGAUGUAUCUAAAUAGCCAGAUCUGGAUCAUAAAAAGCUGAACUGAGUUGUAAUUAAAUGGUGUUAGGAGACUCGGGCAUUCCAUGAUUUCAGAUUGUACGAAACUUCCUGGGGCACCACCUCCAGUUCCAUCUCAGUGACUGUACACCAUCCCCCCACCCCCUUCCAGGAACCAAUGUCCAUGAGGCCCAGAACAUUCUCAGUAACAGCGGACUCCCCAUUACUUCGGCCGCCGACCUGGAGGAUGCAGCCAAGAAA